UCUUUAUCCAGUUCUCCUGUGAUGGUAGCUCAGCCAGUUUAUCAACAACCUGCAUAUCACUACCAGGCCCCAACACAGUGUUUACCAGGACAGUGGCAGUGGAGUGUUGCCCAGUCUCCUGCCUCUUCUGCUCCAUUCCUGUAUCUGCAGCCUUCUGACAUUAUUUAUCAACCCGUGGAAAUUGCACAAGAUGGUGGCUGUGUUCCUCCUCCACUGUCUCUGAUGGAAGCUUCAGUUCCAGAGCCUUAUUCUGACCAUGGAGUUCAAGCAGCAUAUCACCAAGUUUAUGCUUCCAGUGCCAUUACUAUGCCUACACCUGUAAUGCAGCCUGAACCAAUUAAAACAGUGUGGAGCAUUCAUUAUUAAGAUAAUUGGCAGCUCUAGUCCAGCUCAACUGAUUUCUUGUCCAGUGAUCCUUGUGUGACCAAGAUCCAGCUUCAAAGAACCGGCUAGAAGCUGCCUGUUGUGAAACUUAGGGUUAGUUAAUACCUCACCAUACUUAUUUAUUCCACUAUAAGCUGUCUAAAUUUGAUGAAAUUUGCUUUUUCUGCUGUUUUAUAAAAUAUAGGUAGGUAGGUGUGGCAUGUUGGUUUUUUAUGUAUUAGUUUAAUUGUAAUAACAUUUUCUAAAUGUUUUGUCCAUUCCAUAAAAACUAUACUGGGAAUA